UGCUUAUUAAUGAAUAACAGGCACAUUUCCAAUUUCCUUCUUUAGCAAAGAUUUAAAAGAAGGGACGAGAGUUUUGAAACACAAGUUUCGAAGAGAAAGAGGGAGACCGAUCGAUAAAGGAAGACAGCUGGUGAUUGUUUGUGAUUCGCACCUCUUCUCGCAGAUCUUCUGUUGCAGAUUGACAGACCCUGACAAAAUGACCCGUUCUCUGAGAGGGGUGUUUACAGAGUACAUGUCAGAGCGGCGGAUUCGAAAGAGCCGCCUUGUGAGAAAAGAUGGACGCUGCAACAUCGAGUACGGCAACGUGAUGCACAAAACCCGCUUUGCCUACCUCCUGGACAUAUGGACCACCUUUGUGGAGACCCGAUGGCGAUAUGUGAUCUUGCAGUUUGUGGCUUCUUUCGCACUCAGCUGGUUCAUAUUCGGCCUGAUUUGGUACUGGAUCGCCCGAAACAACGGUGACCUCACGUGGCAGAAUCCACCCUCAGAUCACAUGGCAUGUGUGACGAACGUCAUGAACCUGACCACGGCCUUUCUCUUUUCGUUGGAGACCCAAGCCACCAUUGGCUAUGGUUACAGAUACAUCACAUAUCUCUGUCCCGGAGCCGUCACACUGAUCAUAAUUCAGACUAUUAUGGGCUCCAUUAUUGAGUGCUUCUGGUGUGGUGUGGUCAUGACAAAGAUCGCCCUACCCAAAAAGAGAGCCAAAACUAUACAGUUCAGCGAGUCCGCAGUGAUCUGCCCCAAAAAGGGCACCCUCUGUCUUCAGAUCCGCGUGGCCAACCUUCGCAAGACCCUGAUGAUCGGCAGUCAGAUUUAUGGCAAGCUGCUGAGGACGACGGUCACGCAGGAGGGUGAAACUAUCAUCCUGGACCAGGUCAACAUUGACUUUGCGGUUGAUGCUGGCAAGGACAAUCUGUUUUUUGUGUGUCCGCUGACCCUGUUCCACGUGAUUGAUAAAACAAGUCCAUUUUAUGAAAUGGCGGUGGACACUUUACAUCAGGGGGAGUUUGAGCUUGUGGUCUUUUUGGAUGGGACGGCCGAGUCCACCAGCUCCUCCUGCCAGGUCAGGACUUCUUACAUCCCCCAGGAAAUCAUGUGGGGUUACGACUUCCUCCCUAUCAUCUCCCGCAGCAAAGAAGGAAAAUAUCGGGUGGACUUUUCCAACUUCUGCAAAGUGGUGGCCGUGCCAACUGCCCAUUGCUCUCGUUGCUACCACAAUGAGGUAGGGCAUCAUCACCACUCAAUAACUGGCAUUGAAAACCGGGGCUUUGAGGCGAUUGACAUCAAUGUACCCAACAAUACCUAAAUUGAUGGACUGUACCUCAUUGGAGAAACCAUGUGAUGUCACUAUCUUGCACUGUAUCAGAGGUACAGGGUGUUACAAUCCUGUUCUAUUUCUCAUGAACCACACAGUCACGCUUGUUUUAUGUACACUAUAUUACUGGCAUGGUUGUGUUUAAUGUGGAUAGACAUGUUUAUGUUUGCUUAAUAAAGUUUAUGUUUAUUUUAUACUCUUCGUCGCUCUCGUUGGAUUACACACCCUGUGCUGAAAUGCAGGGCAUUGAUUCAGGUGCAUUCAAAUGUAUCUGUAUAUUUUUAUGGUGAGUGUUUUACUGUAGCAGCAGUGUAAUUUACACAUUAUUUCAGAAAAUCAAAACCUUAUGUUAAGGCAACAAGGGAAAAGUGGAAUGGUUUUAUUGCUGCAAUGUGGGCAAUCUAUUUUUUUAAACAUAUUUAUUUGUAUUUAUUUUGGAGCUGAUACACUGACCUCUUUGUUUAAAUCCGACCUUCACUUAAACCUUGUUUAAAAACAAUAUUUCUGUCCCUACAUGAUAAAGAUUAAAGUGUGAAUGGUAUGAAAGUAGAGCUCUCUUGGGGUACAGGUUUAUUUCAU